CCACAUUCCAAAUCUAUCACGAAUAACAUACCGCUGGUAUGUCAUAAAUUGAUUUUAAGCGCAUUUUGAAGUGUAUCGUGCAGGUUAUGCAACUGGAUUAAUAAAUACUGAAAUAUCAUUAUUCGACUUCGACAGCGUAAUGUAAAACUUAAUAAUAUCGUUAGACUUAGAACUAGUUUAUUCGAGGAACUUUUUUCUCAAUUGCCUUAUAAGGGUCAAGGAUAUGGCAAGCUUAAUGGGAUACAACAAAAAAUAUGAUCCGGAUUCUUAUCUAGAUUACAUAAUUUUAUCUAAAGGCCGAGACAAAUAUAUUCUAGUUUCUUAUUAACCAACAUUCGACUGUGUAAGACGAGGAGAAAAUUUUCUAAAUCGGCGACGUCGUUUCUAAACUCUUAGAUAAAUAAAUGCAAUACACAUUGGACAUUACUUCGGGCUCUGUUAGUCAAGACUUUUCGUCGACAUUGUUCUUUUUACCGCAGCUGCAGUAUUUAGUAUUGCCUAACAAAAAAAAUCAUGUGAUUUUCGACGAUUUAUGUUUGAAGCUAAAUACAAAUGAACAGUUGUAGUGGUUUUUUAAAUGCAUAAAUGAGUACAGGAUAUUACGUAAAUGUAGAAAAGUGUGUGUUUGCCAAUCAUACGAAUAUGUUCUGUACCAAAGUCUAUACUUUGUUGAUCAUGAUAAUCGAAGGAUUAAGUGUUUAUUCAAGUUUAAUCAGACCAACGAAUAGUGAAAUAGUAUUAACGGAUUCCAUUACAAAACUAUCUAACGAAAGAACUGUUUUAAGAAAUUACUUAAUAUUAAAUAAGCUGGGUGGAAUGGAAAUACAGCUUAAACAUAAACGACAGAAAAGACACUCGACAAAGAAGAACUGCUUGGGUUUGUGUAAACGCUCUUUGUGUCCAUGGACAGAGGUUUGGGAUAUAGAUAACGACAGAAUUCCAUCAUCUAUACCGCGGGCAAUAUGCAACAGUAAAUGCCACUUUAAUUUUACAGCCUUAAUCUCGUCAAAGAUUCUGAACGUGUUUACUGCGUGUGAACCAUUUAAAAUAGAUUAUCCUAUAUUCAAAGAUAACAAAUAUACAUACAUGAAAGACUGGCCUGUUGCUUGUGUUUGCACAAAGAAACUUAGUUCUACAGUGCCACAUAUACGUACGAAAGAUAGUCAUGUCAAUAGAAAAAAGUUAAAGAAUCACGUUUUUAAUGCCAAAAGCAGACGACACAAACACCACAAAGACAAGAAUCGACGAGGUCAUAACAAGUUGCAACGUUAUAAAUAUUUCAAAGUUAUACCACCAGUUUUGAGACCUUUCCAAUUCCUUCCACAGUAUAAAAAGUGAUUUUUAUUUGCAUCAUGAAUAGGGACAUUCAGUGGAUAUGACCUUGCAUACUUUCAAAUAUUUUAUAGUUGUACUGGAAGUGUUCCUUUACGACGAUCAUCGACUAAUGUGAAAAGUAACACUUGUUUCUUGUAACUACAAUAGUACGAAAUCACAUUUCUGUAUAACAUUCAGUGCGUCUUUUACUUCCCCAUUGUCAUUCAAACUGACAUGUAAUAAAUUGAUGAUAACAUCGAAACAGAUAUCUAUUUUUUAAAUGAAAAAAAAUACAGAGGAGAACGAUAUGAAAAAGAAGUAAUCGAAGACGAAUGAGAAUAUUAUUUUGGUAUGUGGUAUAGAUGUCUUAACUAAAACACUGUUUCGUAAAUUAUCUUUGGUUCUUUUGAAUAUGUUCAUUGUAAAUGUUUAACUUUGUGCGAGUACACUGAACAUAAUGUAUAACCGGACACUAGAGCUGUUUGUUGACAGAAAAGUUAUAAAUUCUCAAUGCAUACUUUAAUGUGUCGGGGCUGACAUCAAAAGGAAAAAACACCUACGAGUUAUAUAACAGUUUUUAAAUGAUUUCACAAUAGUUAGUAAAAAUAACACAAUUAUUUACAAUGAACAUAAGGUAUUUGGAGACUCAUUUGCACAUUUCUGCGGCAAAGUGCGGAUUUGAUGUCUACAUCAUUUACCAGCUACAAUACUAAUGUUAAUUUGAAACUAAUUACAACUUUUCGAGGGUCUCCGCAAAACAUUAUCUAAUGAAAAGCAUCUGACUUGUGCAGUAAUCCACAGAUGUACCAUCAAAGAUACAGUGUCUGAAAUUAAGGGUUGUUUCUAUCUAUUUUUAUUGCAAAAGGACCUACCCCACAGUAACUUUGCGGAUGAUGGUAUGUAAUCAGCUGUUUUUGCUUCUCUUCUCAUACAUUUCCAUUUCUGUGUAAUACCCACAAAGAUCUAGUAUGUUUUUGAAUAUGUAACAAUGAUGAAACUUUUGUGUAGACAAAUAUUUGUUUGCCUCAAAUAUCUAAAUUACAAAGCAGCAGGUUAGAAACAGUCUUGUGUAAUUCUUCCAAAAGCAGCGCGACCGAUGAGAAGUGAACGAAAUAUUGCCAUGUAAUACAAAGUCCCUUACUAGAAGGUGUCUAAUUAUUGCAUCUGUUGUACUGAUGAUCUAUCUACACAAUAUCGUGCUUUACAAACUAUAUGUUAUAACGCACAGUGUUUCGAUUGAAAUUUGCAUAUAUAAUCCACAGAUGUUGACUUCUUAUAACAUUUGUAAAUAUAAAAAAAAAUAUUUUUAUUAACAUUCAAUUUUAGUUGGUGGGAAAACAAGAGAAAAACAUAGUGAAAUACUUUAUCAUAUUAAAGGGGAGUAAUUCUUGAGAAAAUACACUAACAAUGUUUUAACUGGGGUCAUAGUACACAUGUGCUUUGAACAAGAGAACUGGGUGUUGCGCAGAACACAUUGUCUUAUUAUGAGGAACAUUUUUGUCAAGUAAUAUUUAAAAUCCUUUAUAUAUAUUGUAACAACCUGAGUAAUGGGGUGGGGGUGGGGGUGGAGGAAGGUGCUUACUUAUAUACGUGUUCUUCUAGUCAAUGACUCUAACUGUGUUUAAACCUGUAAUCUUCUUUUAUGUAGCAAGUAACGAAGCACAGAAUUGUACACAUAUUUGUUGAUCUAGAUAAUAUGACCGACCAAGCGCAUAUUAUACAUCCCCAUGCUCGUUUAAAUCUUAUCCAAAAACGUGUUUACUUAUCUUCUGACAUCUGUUGAUGUUAUUUUUGGACACUUCAUCAUUUUCUCAGCGUGUGAAUCACUACAGCUGCUACAAAUUUGUUCCAAACAUCUGUAUUGUCUGUUCAAGAUAGGUAUCUUCCUUUUAUUUAGUCUGUGAUUUGGACAUUUUACCAUUAUACUCUCGAGAAUUGCCACAUUUUUCAAACAGGAUAUGCUUUUGUUUGAAUUGCAUUCUGGGAUUGUUUACUUCCGUUGCUAAGUAAAAUUCAUAUCACUGUAAUCUACAAUAAUCCACAAAGAUGUUUAAAUCUCUUGAACACAUUACAGUUAACACAAUAGUGCAUAUUUUGAUGUUCAUUUCAUCUUUACAUUUCAUUAAAUCGCCAUUUUUAUGAUACGGCAGUGUUCAGCAUAGAGUUUAACGUUUUAGGUCACUAACGAUUUGGUCAUUUUACCCAAAAUAACCCAUUUUAACUGUUU